UGUAUAUCUUCCUCUCCUUAGGGGCGUGGACCUGUGUGCUCUCGCUAACAACUUCGAGUCGGAUGUUUUGGCUUUAGACAUUUAGUAAUUUUUACUAGUUUGUUUACAAACUCGUCUUCUCACUUCUUUAUAUAGAGUUUGUGUUAAUCGUCAGAGUUUUUAGUGAGUUUUGUGUUAGUCGGAAGGCUCUGGCAGUAGUGCAAUAAUCAAAUGGCCUAUCCCGGAUAUGGAUCCCCCUACGGUGGAAUGCCAGGAGGAAUGCCUCAGCAGCAAGAUCCUCUUUAUGGAUAUUUUUCUGCAGUUGCUGGACAGGAUGGACAGAUCUCGGCAGAUGAGCUGCAGCGCUGCCUCACACAGUCCGGCAUGUCUGGCUCGUACCAACCCUUCAGCCUGGAUGCGUGCAAACUGAUGAUCAGCAUGUUGGAUAGGGACAUGUCCGGCACCAUGGGCUUUAAUGAGUUCAAGGAUCUGGUCCAGGCUCUGAACGGCUGGAAGGCAACAUUUGGGUCUUUUGAUCGUGACCACAGUGGGGCGGUAGAGGGACCUGAAAUGCAGCAGGCCAUUCGAUCGAUGGGUUACAAUCUAAGCCCCCAAGCUCUGAACUGCAUCAUGAAGCGCUACAGCAUUCACGGCAAAAUCCCGUUUGAUGAAUUUGUGAGCUGCUGCGUGAGACUCCGCGCCCUCACAGAUCAAUUCCAAAGGAGGGACACGAGCCGGAAUGGAAACGCUGUGUUUCAGUACGACGAUUUUAUUCUGGUCACCAUGAGCAUAUGAAGAGGACGAGACUUCCUGCAAACCUGCCAAAACGUCUCUUUAACUGGAUUUACUUUUAAUUUUUAUAUAACAAGCUCGGUCUAAACGAGACACUACACUCCACUAGAACCUUUAGUUCACAGUUUGACUCAUUUUAACAAACUAACCAGCAUGUCUAAGAACCAUAGCCUUUUAAUAUCCAUGUUGGUGUUUGGUAUAUGACUGUAAGCAUAUCAAAUAAACAAUGAAACGAG